CGCUCCGUUCAGACGUUGUCGCGCUUCAAACUCGAUCCGAUUCGGUUAUCCGCGAGAUACUAUAUACAAAAUACACCAGAGAUCCCAGAGCAGCAACAACAAGAAGUCGCAAGAUCAAGUUUCGGACCCUAGCGUCAUCCGUUUUGCGGUUUCGAGUGUGUGUGUGAUUUUUGCUCCAAGAACGCGAGCAGAGCCGAGUGAAAAAGCAGAAAAUUAAACCGAAAAAAAAGAAAGAAAAUUGAAACUGUGUCGUUCUACAUGUGCUAAAUACUCGGAGUAAACACCGUCGAAAACUUGGAUACCUAACGGGGAUACGGAUAGCUAACGGCACUGGAAAUUAGCAACGGCAACAUGUUGCCGCUGCUGUUGCUACUUUUUCUGAGCCUGACCGCCGGCCAGCUGGUAAAUCACCCACCGCAAUUCGUCCCCGGAACGGGCGAUAUGUCCCGCUUCAGCCUCUCGGAAAACACGCCCGUCGGCAGUCCCGUCUUCCAGCUGAAAGGCACCGAUCCAGAAGGAGGUCGCUUAAAGUACAGUAUCAGUGGACCCGUUUUCUCCGUGGAUCGCGAAACGGGAGUGGUGCGCCUGCGCCAGGAGUUGGAUCGAGAGACCCAGGACACAGUAGAGGUGAUCAUUAGCAUCACGGAUGAAGGUGUUUAUGGCACAGAGCCGAAUACCGUAUCCCAAAGGCGGGAGAUUCCCGUGCGGGAUUACAAUGACAAUCAGCCGAUUUUCCUGGGAAGACCCUAUACAGCCACUGCUAGUGAAUCCCUACCUAUAGGUGCGGAGCUAAACGUGGAGCCACCUAUUGUGGUGAUCGAUCGGGAUGAGGGCAUCAAUGCAGAGAUCCAGAUGAAGUGCGUCGAGGAAAACGACAUUUGCGACAUCUUUGAGGUGCGCGCAGUUAAGAUCUCCGAUGGAAACUACACCGCUCGAGUGGCUUUAAAGCAACCACUGGACUUUGAGAGUCGUCCCUCGUACAUUUUGACCAUCUCAGCUUCGGACAGCGCUCUGGAUAACCGCCUCUCCUCGCUGGCCACCAUUUCGAUCAAUGUGAUCGACAUCCAGGAUCAACCGCCGGUCUUCACCAAUGCCCCGUAUUCCGCCACAGUGCUGGAAAACACGCCAGCUGGAGUGAGCAUACUCACGGUGAAGGCCAUCGACGGGGAUGUGGGCAUCCCCAGGGAUAUUUUCCUCUCCCUGGAGGAUGAACCCUUCGGGCACUUUGAACUAGUGCCCUUUGGCGAUCCCCGCGAGGGAACCGCCGUGUUGCAGACCACCGCCGAACCACUGGAUCGGGAAAACGCGGAGAUCCUGCAGAAUGGCGGGGUGUAUGUCUUCUCCAUCAGAGCCACCGAACUGAUCGAUGGAGCCAUUCCUGCCGAGCACUCACUAACGCGGGUAACCAUUGUGGUAACCGAUGUGGACGAUCACCAGCCCACUUUUAGUGGAGCGCACUUUAAUGUCUCGAUAACGGAGAACCUGGCCAAUGGAAUGCCUCUGCCGGGACUCUCGAUUUUCGUGGAUGAUCGGGAUAUGGGCGAGAAUAGUCGCUAUCAGCUUUCCUUGAGGGAUGUCUCCAAUUCCGCCGGGGUGUUUGCUGUUUCCCCUUCGGAUGCUCAAGGUCGGACACCGGUGGUUGUCAAGGUGCUAAAUGCCAGUCGCUUGGACUACGAUGUCCGUGAUCCUGACCUCCGCAAGUUCGAAUUCGAUCUGGUGGCUUCGGUCAAGGGCGUGGAGAAGGCCAAGUCGCGGGUAGAGAUCCACUUGCUGGAUGCCAAUGACAAUGCACCGGUUUUCGAUCAAGGAACCUAUCGUUUUACGGCAGCCGAGAAUCUUCCAGUGGACGCUUUGAUCGGUCAUGUGAAGGCCAGCGAUGCGGAUUCCGGAGAAUUUGGACAUGUGCGCUACGUGCUCAAGGGUUUCGGGGCAGACAACUUCUAUGUUGAUCCAGAGACCGGAGGUCUUUACCUCCUAAAACCCCUGGACUACGAAAAGCAGAGCAGCUACAGCCUCACAGUGGUGGCCAUCGACGGAGGUGAUCGCGAGGCGAAUGCCAAUCUCUUCAUCGGGGUCACCGACGUCAACGACAACCAUCCGAGCUUCGAGAGCGGCGAGUACAGUCGAACUAUUAGAGAAGGUGCAGCUCUAUUUGAGCCUCAGUUCUUUGUCCGCGCCCACGAUGCUGAUGGUCCCACCCAGGGAAAUGGUAGGGUUAGGUAUUCGAUUGUGUCCGAGAAUAGUAUUGCCGGAAAUGUAUUCCGAAUCGAGCCGGAUACGGGCGAGAUUGUCAUCCAAAAGGCGGCGCGAUCCAUGGACACGGAACGAGGGGAGUACGAACUGGUGGUUUCGGCCACAGAUUUCGGCAUUCCUCCCUUGUCCAACACCACUCGUGUUUUGGUACGCGUUGGCAUCUCUGGAAAUCAGCGACCCAUCUUUCGUGGCCACUUCCAGAAUAUGGAGAACCUGCCCAUCAUUGGACCGCCCAGCUAUCGAGUCUCCAUUCCCGAGAAUGCCCUUCCAGGAUCUAAUGUCACUUCCGUUUCCGCCCACGAUCCGGAUGGUCUGGACAGCCUGCUGCGCUACAGGAUUGUGGGAGCCAACGAUAACUUUGAGAUUGAUGAACUUUCCGGUUUGAUAACCGUAUCGCCGCAAGCCCGCAUUGAUCGCGACUCGAACAUGAACAGCUUCGAGAUCAUCGUGAAUGCCGUGGACUCGGGCACUCCCAUUCCGGAAACAGCCACGACUACAGUCUAUGUGAAUGUCAAGGACAUCAAUGAUGAGCGUCCCAAGUUUGAGCAGAAUAGCUAUGCGGCCUAUGUUUCCGAGAGGACGGCCGUUGGAGAAAGUGUCCUUCGAGUCAGGGCCAUCGACAAGGAUCUCAAUUCGAAAUUGGAGUACGGUUUAAUAGGUCCUGUCACGGCGACCACCAAAGCGGGUGUGAAUAUAGCCAAUCGCAGUAAUUACCGCCUGCAGGAGGCAUUCCGCGUGGACAGUCAAAGCGGUGAGAUCUUCGUCAACGGGUCACUUCGUCACGAUGUGGCCGCCAUCAUCAUUUUCACCGUGGGAGUACGAGAUCUCAAUGCGGAGGUGGAUCCCGAGGGUCAAGUGGAUGCCACCGAGGUUACCGUGUAUGUACAGUCCUUCCAGGACACCAAUCCCGUGUUCAAGAACCCCGGUUGGUCUAGCUCAAGGCCCGUCAUCGAUGUGAAGAUCAAAGAGGAGAUGCCCAUCGAUAGUGCGCUGUUCAUCCUGCAGGCCGAGGAUCCGGUGUCGCGGCAGCCCAUAACCAGUUUCGAGUUGGUGGAACCCAAGCAAGUGGACUACUUCCAGGUGGCCGAGCGAACGGGCGAGGUGAUCCUCAAGAAGCGGCUGGACUACGAGGCUUUGGGUGAGACUGGUCCCGAUUUUGAACUGCAAGUGCGUGCCAAUAGCGCCGAUCGGCAGAGGAGCACAGUUAGCCGGGUGAAUAUCACCGUGGAGAAUGUGAACGAUAACAGUCCGCGGUUCGAGCAGAGUUCCUAUCGCGCCACCAUCAUCGAGAACCGACCUCAUCCCGAGCGAGUGAUCCGGGUGAGAGCUCUGGACAAGGAUGCGGUGCUAAAUGCCCGGGACGAGCGUUUGGGCUACCACAAGAUCAUCUACUCGCUGCAGGGCGAGCACGCAAUGCUCUUUGAGAUCAACAAUACCACUGGGGAGAUCAUCGUAGCCAGUGGCCAGAAUAUCGAUAGGGAGCGAACACCUAGGAUUCAGUUGCAGAUCAAGGCGGAGGAUUCACCUGGUCGACCCACGGAUGCCAAACAGAGUGUGGUGGAGUUGCAAAUCGAGGUACUCGAUGUGAAUGACAAUGCUCCAGAGUUUACGCAAAAGAAGUACAGCACGGUGAUACCGGAAAAUGCCCAAAUCGAUUCGUUUGUCCUGCAGCUGGAGGCCGUGGAUGCGGAUGAGGGUCUGGGCGGCGAGGUGCGCUACGAGUUGGUCAACGAGGGCGAGGCCAAUGGCCUCUUCAAGGUGGAUCCGAAGAGUGGUCUGAUAUCCACGCGACGCAAUCUUACGGGCAAAGGUCGCGCCGAUCCCUACGUACUGAUCGUUCGGGCCCAGGACAAUGGUAACCAGCUGCCCAAGCAGCCUACCCUAUCCACCGACACAGAUGUCCGGAUAUUUAUCGGGGAUGUGAGUGCCAACGAUGGAGUGCCAUAUUUUCUGGCUCCUCGCGUUGGACAAAUGGCCAAUGUCACAGAGAACGCUGUCAUUGGAGCCCCAGUCUUUCAAGUCAUUGCCAGCGAUCCGGAUGAUGAGAACACUCCGUCUGGAAGCAUUACAUAUCGCAUCCUGCCAGAUACUCCAGAUGCCGAAGCCUUCGUCAUAGACGCCCACACGGGACUAAUAACAACCAGGCAAACCCUAGAUCGCGAGACGAAGAACAUGUACAGGAUCCUGCUGGAAGUGAGUGACAAUGGACAGCCCAAGCAGUCGGUGACGCGAAUUCUUCAGAUCGCAGUGCUGGAUGUGGAUGAUCACGAGCCUAGAUUCGCACGAGAAGUUGACGAAGGACCCUUGAGCAUGUCAGUGAGAGAGGAGGAACCGGCUGGCACUAUUGUGGGCAACUUCACCGCUUUGGACGAGGAUCUGGGCGAAAAUGCCGCCAUUGAUUAUGUGAUCAUUGAGGGAAACAACGAGCAGUUGUUCACGGUAGAGCGAAAUAACGAAAGCCUGGCCAUACUCAAGACCCAGAAGCCCAUCGAUCGAGAGCUGGUCGAGUCCUUCACCCUGACGAUCAAGUGCAUGAAACUGGGGGAGCCUGGCUACAAGUUUGUUGGAGACCCCUAUGAUCGUCGCGAUCCCUCGCAUUUGCGUAUCACCAUUCGUGUACUGGACAUCGACGACAAUCUGCCGCAGUUCGAGCAACCAGAUCCCACAGUGGGCAUUAGGAUCAAUGUGCCCAUCGACACGGUGGUGACCACUUUAAAGGCCAGCGAUGCGGAUGCCGAGGCUCCACCCGUUGGUCUGUCCAUCGAGAAUGUCACCUUUGUCCCCCAGUUCUAUAAGAGAAGUCGCAGCCUGGCCGUCGGUAAUCUCCAGAAUCUUUUCACCCUAAACAAUCGAACUGGAGAGCUGCGAACUGGAGGUUCCUUUGCUGACUACGUGGAUGGCUACUUCCUGAUGCGGGUGAUGGCCAACAAUUCGGCGGAGCCCAGACGUCAAGCGCACAGUAGCCUCAAGGUGUUUGUGAUCCGAGACAAAUCCCUGCUGAAGUUCGUCUUUGCCCGGCCGCCCAACGAAAUCCAGCACAACAUCCGUCCCUUCCAGGAGCAGUUGCAGAAGAAACUGAAGCCCCUGGGACUGGAGCUCCAUGUCCUGGACACCCAGGUGUUCACCAGACCCGACAUGAGUCUGGACUUUACGUCCACGAGUUCCUGCUUCCAGAUGUUCAAGAAUGGAGCCGCGUUGUCCUUCAGUGAGAUGCACAAGCUGAUGAACUCGCAGCAACUGCGACAGGAGCUCAUCGAUAUAUAUGCCGCCUAUGGGGUUAGUGAGGUGGAGUCCUGUUCGGUGAGGAGGACCCAUGCAGCGGCCCUCUUUGCGGGCAUGCUCACCUCGGCGGGGGCGUGGCUGGUCUUCCUGGCCGCCCUCAUUGGCCUGGCUGCCUUGGUUUCCCUGUGCACAGCCUGCUGUUUGAAGAAGAAGCUGAAACGUCACAGCAAGCGGAGUCUGCAGGCGAGUCUGCGAGCCUCCACGGAGCACACGCCCACCUCGUAUAGCUACUCCAUGCCCGCCGUGCUCUACUCGGAACCCAUCUACGGACCCUUGUAGCCGCAGCUCAUCUUCUGCACGGGAAGGUCCAGGUUCAACCACUGACCACAACACACCAACCUAGUAGACUAGUAGUGCCCCCAAGACUCAAGACCCCUUUGCACCAGCGGAGAUCCCUAGAAUAAUGUAAGGGAUCUCCGCUUGGCAACUGCGAACCGGGACUUUUUUCUAGCAGAGAUUGGUAGACGGUAGAAUGCCAAAUCAGUCCAUAUACCAUAAGCUUAAGCAUACUAUGCGCGUGAUCUAGUAUGUACGUGUAGCCCCAUUUAGCCUAGGUCUAUUGUUAAUAACUAUGAAUACUGUAUAAAGCCUAGCGAUUAUAAUUAUCCAAUUGAAAUGUUAGCCUAAGUCGAGUCAGUUCUUUGUGUCAUUUGUGCUGAAGUGCUCGAUUCCCGGACCGAUUUGGCGGGUUUUCAUUCGUACUUUGGCAGGUCUGGAAUGCAUUUAUUUUUACAUAUAUUUAUCUUAUCGUCUAUUUGUCCGCAACAUGUCGAACAAGUGCAGAAUAAACAACAUCGCCACAAAAGGCAGCCCAAUUCCAGCUCCGCAAUCCAAUCCUCGACAAGGACCAGGAGUCAAAGUCAGAAAAGGCCAUGUGCGUGUCGACCGAAAAUGAGUUUUCCGUUUUCAAACAGAAUGCAUAUGCUUUCGCUAUUAAGUAAAUAUAUUUAUAUACGACUAAGUAGUUUGUCCAAUGUGAACAUGUGUGCAAAUAAAUUCUAUUAACUACAAAAAUGUGAAAAACAAAA